AUGUUUAUUAACAAUAAUACAUAAAACUAAAAGCUAAAGGUUUUAAAUAAUGAGAAUAGAAAUACUUAGGAAAGUUAUUUUAAAUAAGAUAAAGAAAAUUAUUAUAAGUAAUGGGAAUAGAAUUUGAAUUAGAGGGAAACUCAGGUAUUUAAAUCAGUCAUAUAUAGUUUAGUUAGAAUAAAAGUAUAAGGAAUUGAAAAAUUACUCAAAGAAAUUAAAGAUUAAAAGUGAUGAACUUGUGAAAUAAAAGUUAGAAUUAGGAGAAAAAAUAGAGAGAUAUAAUAGAUUAUUAGAAUAGAUAAUCUAAGUUUAAUUGUCAGAGAGAUAAGUCAAUAGAGCUGGUUCAUUAACACCAAAUACUAGUAAAACAAGAAUAAAUAAAAGUGGGAUUAAUGAAUGCUAACAAAGAGUUGCUAAUUUAUUAUAAAAAAUAAGGCACACAAGUAAGACUAAUUUAAAAACUCAAUAAUUUUCAUAUUUUGGAAAUAAUUCUGAUUAUGAGGAAAUUUUAUUUAGUAAAAGAUAGAAUCAUUCUAAUUCUUUUACAGGAAUUAUGAAUGUAAGUGCACAAGAUUAAACAAAUUAAUAACAUUAAUAAUAAUAGUAAUAAUAAUAAUUAUUAUUAUAAAAUGAAACUUAGUAAUAGGAAGAUAGAAAUCAAAAAGAAACUUUGCUUUGUUGUGAAAAUGAUUUAUUGAAUCACUAAACAUAAUUACAGUAAAUGGAAAAGAAUUAAAAACAUUUUUAUUCAAAAGUUUAUGAAGAAAUGAAUAAAUUAAAAUAAUAACUUUGA